GCUUAUUUGUAAGUGAAUGAUUUAAUACCUGUAAUUGUUAUUUCGUUUGUGUUUGGGGGUUCGGAUUGAAUUCCCUUUCAUACAAUCAAUCAAUCAAUCAGUCAAUCAAGCCAACAGUCAAGAGAAUCCAUCUGUGAGCCAGAGCCAAUAAGUGAAAACUCUCGAGUAUUCCAGAAUACGGUGUGGUAGAACAGGAUUCAUAGUUGAGCCAUUGCAUAUUUAGGUUUCUGCAUACUGCAAGCCUACACCAAACAGGAAGGAAUAGAGUCAGCAACCCGUUGAACCUCACGAAAACCAUUUUACAUAUUACUUCUCUCAAUUGUCUCACUCACAUUGAAGAUCCUUUUAUUACCUCGACCAUACCUGUCUAUCUCUUUACUGCACUUCCACUCUUGUUCUCCUCAAAAGAGAAUACAAAUCAAUCAAAAUGACGGGUUCAUUCUGGCACAAUGUCCUAACAUUUCGAAGACCAUCCUCAUCAACUUCCUCAACUUCCACAACAUCCGACUCAAUAGAUUCCUCCUCUAGUAGCACCCUAAAUUUAAGUGUUCGCUCCAGUCAUAGACUAUCCCGAAAGCGACGAGAAGCAUUUGGUGAUUUCGAUUAUACCUUCGAUAAUGAGAGCAUGAAUGCGAAUAUGCAAGAACCUUUAGGGAUGGAGAGAAAUUCUCUGGGCAAGGACACAGGAUUUCCGGAGCCUUUGAGCCAUGAUCGUAAUACAACACUCCCACACCCCGAAGCAGAUACUUCACCCUUUGCAACCCUCGAAUCCACAGAAGUUGACAUUUAUCGUUCCCACUCACGACUCUCCAUUAGGAGACUUCAUAGCAGACAUAAAGGAUCACAUCUAAGCGUACCUUUAUACGAGAGCAACGAAUAUACAAACGGUAAUCAUGUCCACGGUGAUAUGAAGACGAUAGAAAAGGAUGUCGAGAAACAAAACGAUCUGGUCGACCCACCCAAAACAGUAGAAGAAUUUGUGGAAAUGGAGGAUCGAGAUGAUCAAGGGUAUAGACCGGGAGACAGAAGGAAGGGCGUACUCAGAAAGUUGAACUUACACAAAGUUUAGAGGAGUUUGGUAAAAAGGAAUCAAGAGUUGAGAAUUUGGAAGGAGAAAAUUUGAUGGACGCAGAACGCAACACAAAACUGGAUGGGAUGGGAUUGAUCAAGCAAGCGAGGAGUUAAAUGGAUUUGGAGUUCGGAUAUUUGAAAGGUUGAUAUUAGUAUCCCUUUGUAAUUAUUUCUUUUCCUCAACAGAAUCAUGAAAUAACUUCAUUCAUGGAAACAA